UCUCUGAAAAAAACUAAUCUCUCAACUGGAAGCUCUCAACUUACUUUUUAAUACUUACUUAAUAUUGUUUCCAGUAUUUACUUUUGACUUUUGAGUUUUGGUUGUAGUCAACCAGCAAAUCGUUAUGUAUGAAUCCAACAACUUUUUUCUAAACUCUUUUAAAACUUAAUUCAAACGUACAUUUCAGUUAAUAUUAACUAAUGCGUACUAAAAUGAAUUAUUCAUCAAUUUUAAACCUGAUCGUCUUGCAGUACAUUUAGUUUAAUUACUAAUGGUUUUGUAACCUACCAAUUAGUAGCCAGUUCAUCUUCGUAGUAGUUUUUUUUUAUAUCAACAUAAUCUAGUCGAAGUAGGUCGAUAUGGCUAUUCAACAGAAGUAUAGACGAGAAGAAGUUAGUGAAGUUAGUUGUUGUCUUAAGUACAUCAUAUUCAGUUUUAAUGUGUUAUUUUGGAUGUUUGGUUUAUCUGUGAUGGCAGUGGGCGUUUGGGCAUGGACAGAAAAAAAUGCAUUUAAUAAUCUCAGUAAACUCACACAUUUAGCACUUGAUCCAGCUUUUGCUUUAAUUUUAAUUGGUGGAAUAACUUUUAUAAUAGGUUUCACGGGUUGCAUUGGAGCUUUACGUGAAAACACAUGUUUACUUGGGAGUUAUGCGGUUCUCUUAGCUGUUAUUUUGAUACUUGAGUUAACUGCUGGAGUUUUAACAUUUGUUUUUAAAGAUUCUAUUAAAUCACAAGCCACUGAAGGACUUCAAACAUUCAUCGUUCAUUAUAGGGAAGACCCUGAUCAGCAAAAUCUUAUUGACUGGAUACAGGAAGACUGGUUACAAUGUUGUGGAAUCAAAGGUCCUGAAGAUUGGGAUUUUAACAAUUAUUUUAACUGCUCUUCACAAAAGGUGGGCAGCCGAGAAGCAUGUGGAGUACCUUUUUCUUGUUGCAAACGUAAACUUAAUGAAAUAGUAGAAAACAAACAGUGUGGAUAUGACGUGAGGAAAGUAGGAUUUUAUGCUGAAAAAUGGACAAGCUUAAAUUUACCAACGCAAACAGGUGAAAGAAAUAUAUAUGAAAGAGGUUGCAUGCGGGCUGCUGAGGAAUGGGUUGAGGAUAAUUUUAUUGGAGUCUUAACAACAGUUAUGACUGUCACCAUAUUACAGACCGACGAUGUCGGAAAACGGGUGGACCUCAUCAUUAAUGAAAAAGGAUGUUUGCAAUCUGGAGAAGAAUGGCUAGAAAGAAACAUGCUUUUUAUAGCUACUGUGUGUCUUAUAUCAGCUUUUUGUAAGAUUUUAGGCAUAUGCUUUGCUCAAAAUCUUCGUGCUGACAUAUUUGCGCAAAAAGGCAAGUGGCACUAGAUGGAAUGAACAAACAAGAUUAUAAAUAUAUACAUUUUUUUAAGAGGUUUUUAGCCUAAUCAAUAUUUUUUCAUAACUAAAAUAGUGAUAAAAAGAUUGUAGUCCAACUAUUUAGUGAUUAAUUGAACAUGCUUCUAUGAUUUUUUUUGGUUCUCGAUAAAGUUUGAUUGGCAAUUUUCAUAACAAUGUAUCCUUAAUACCCUAUUAUACAUCACACACUCACACAUAACAAAAUUAGAUUAUAGACACCAUAUUAUAUUAUUAUUUUUUUUAAGAAAAAACUAACUAUACAUAAUUGUAUAAAUAUGUGUGAAUUCUCUCGUAAAUUACAUUUUGUGUUUACGACUGAAGUCAAAUUUCCUAUAAUUUGAACGCACAGUUAUGGUUUUGGUUUUUAUUUUUUUAAUUCUUGUUUAUUCUUCCUCAUUAAGAUAUUCUUUGCUAAACCAAAAUUACAACUCUUGUUAUUUCUGUAUUAUGUUUCAUUAUUUACCAAACUUAGAUCUCUCUUAGUAUAUUUUUUUGUUUUUUUGUUUUUUCCAUUAUAAUACAAUUUAAUUUUUAAUUUUGCUCAAAAUAUCUCGAAAGUAUUAUUUUAUAAAUGGGUAUGUAAAUUGUAUUAGAUUUGUGCCAAACAAAUUAUAGUAUUAAUAUGCAGUUUAUUUUCAACGUAUUUUUCUAAGUUAAGUUCCUACUAGUACUAUUUACAUAACCUAAAAUUAAAUUAUGCUUAAUUUCACAAUUAUACUAAUAAAGUAAUAAAUAAUAACUUUACAAUACACGUAUUACUAACUCAACUAACAAAUUUAAUCUAUACAACAUUCCAUAAUAUUAUAUGCAUUUUUUGUAAAAAUUCAAAAAUAUUAUUACAAUGAAUAAAUGAUCUGUAGUUUUUUAAUAAUAUUGUUUUAAUUUCAAUUACACACUUAGCAUUUAUAACUCUAUUCAUUGGCAGCGGUUUGUGUAGUUAGGUUAGUGACUGGGACACAAAGAUUUUUCCCCAUCAUAACUAUACUGAAAAUAUAAUAAUAUUCAUUUGUACCACAAAACAAUAUUGUUCUGUUAUAAUUACGGAUGACCAAGACCACGAGAACGAACCCCCGAAAUCCAGGAAUUGUUUGUUAAGUCUGCUAUUAUGUCCUAUCAGAUGUAAAUCGUAAAAGUUCAGUAUAAUUUUAUAAAGAAUUAUAAGUAACGAACAAGUUAUUCGUGUAAUGUGUCUUGACGAUUUCGAUCGUAACGAUUAUACCUUUGAGUUCGGUACAUGGUGCUUAAUUUUAACGUGCAA